GAAGAGCUCUGUGGCUUCAGGCUAUUCACAGAGGACGAAAAUCACAAUCAAUGGGACCCGGCCAGUCAAUACUGUACGUCUGUGGUAAACACUUCAUCACAGGAUACCAUGUGAAUGACGGCGAGCAUCCAGAUUAUGUUCCAUCCAUAUUCCCACAACGACCAUCGUCAGAAGGCUCUAAGAGGCUAAAGCGAUACCAAAGGAGAUAUGCUGUUUCUCAGCAUGAGGUCCUGCCAGCAAAAAGGCAGCGAAUAAAGCCACCUACAGAGGCUUCUCCUUCUGAAACCCCUGAAUAUUUUAAUACAGCCUAUCCUGAAGCCCCUUUCACUGAGGAUUCACUUCCUCAGCCCUCUGAUGAUUAUGAACUGAGUGACACGCCAGCAUUACAUAGGCAGCAGGUUUCCAUUGCCAUAGAGGUUGCCAAUCUCAGGAGAGAAAGAGAUGAGGCAAGAAGAGAAAGAGAUGAGGCAAGAAGAGAAAGAGAUGAGGCAAGAAGAGAAAGAGAUGAGGCAAGAAGAGAACUCCAGAACUGGUCUAAGGAGCGUUUGUCUGUUCAUGCUAUUAAAGGAAACGACAGUGCAUGCAGGGCCAUGACUGGGCUCAGCUGGUCAGUUUUUGACUGUCUUCACCGAUAUUUAGUUCAGUUCAUCAAAUCAUCACCAAAAGGUUUUAGAUUGUCUACCCAGGACCAGCUCUUCCUUUGCUUGCUCAAGCUACGCCAAAAUCCAUCGAUUGCUUUGCUGAGCCAAAUACUACACAAACCAGAACCCACCGUCCGCCACAUAUUCCAACGUUGACUGAAUCUUUUGUAUGCGAAAAUCACUUUCCUCAUUCACUGGCCUGACAGGGAGUGCAUCACCCAAACCAUACCACCAGUGAUGAAGGCCAACUUUCCGCGCCUCACAUCAAUUAUAGAUUGCUUCGAGAUCAGAAUUGAACAUCCAAAAGCCCUUAAAGCCAGGUAAAGG